AGUACAUUUGUUGUCUGUUUUCUGAAAAGUACCGCUAAUUGCAACCUCCCAGACCAUGGGAAGGCUGUCGUUUAAAGGCAAUCCUGAGUGAGCCUCCUUGUGACAUAUAAAGAAGGCCCAAAACAUAUUUUUCAUUUCUGUUGUUUUUGCCCCCAUUAGAAAUGUAAGUGUGGGCUACCCGGUGUUUUCUGGCCAAAUAUCAAGGCAGUAAGACUGUGCAUGGGACGGAGGGGAAAGGGGUUUUAGUCAGCCUCUUUAAAACUUAUUUUUGAUUGGUUACUCCCUAUUGGUAUUACCAACACCAGACAAGGCGGGGAGGAAAGAUUGGGUACAUGCUCCGGGUCUCCAUAGCUUGUAUGGGGAGAGUUAGGCGCCAAGAAGGGGAUAUACAGAAGCCAACAAUCUGAGUAAGGGGCUGCCUAAGCUAGCUGAGGGUGGGAUGCAGAGGAAAGGGAUGAGGCUUAGGGUCCAGAUCCACUAAGGCAGUGUUCUUCACUGCAAGGCCCACAAGCCAGUGACGGCUCCCCUUGACCCCAUGUUAAAGGCUUGACCCCAUCUCCUUGUCAUCCGUGGCUGAGAAACCCUGGCUCCAUCCAGUGGUUGGCUUUCCAAGAAGGACAUUCAGGAGCAAAAACCCGUGAAGACUUGAGAGUACUUAGUUGUUUUUUUAAACCCCAGGCCCCAUCUCCCCCAGCCUGCCUAUCUUGCCCCUGUGUGCCUCAUCCCUUAGCUAAACCAGACAGCUGUGUAGGGCUGCUACCAUUUGUGUACGGGGCAAAGUAAGCGCAGCGUUACUCCCGAGGCGCCGCUCUCUGUCGGAGCCCAGCACGGCCGAGGGGGAGGGGAGAGGACGCAGAGACCAGCAGGCCCCUUGGCCCAGCGCGCGAGGCGAAGCCGGCCCGAGACAAGCUCCCCGGGCCCGGGGGAUUCCAGCGCUGGCCGCCCAGCAGCGGGCUGCGCAGGCCGAGCUCGGCCCGGCGGGGGCGGGGGAUGUGACAUGAGCACCGGGCGUGGCCGGCGUUGCGGGGGCUGAGGCUCUUCGUUGCUCCGUGUAACUCGUAGCUGCUACAGCGCGCCAGGCUCGUGUCCGCACCCGGGGACAUCCGCGGCUGAGCUGCCCGGGGGAACGCCGGACGCGCCCUGUCUCUCUUGCAGCCCUUGCACGCUCGCUUUCCUGCCCACUGAUCCUCAGGAGCCAUGGCAAAGCUCUCAAGAGGCACCGUGAAGGACUUUGCUGGUUUUGAUGCCAGAACUGAUGCUGAGACUCUCCGUAAAGCAAUGAAAGGAUUGGGUACCGAUGAAGAGGCUGUCCUGAAGAUCCUUACUAGCAGAAGCAAUGCUCAACGCCAACAAAUUGCAGCGGCUUUUAAAACCUUAUUUGGCAGGGAUCUUGUAGAUGACCUGAAAUCAGAACUGACUGGCAAAUUUGAAACCCUGAUGGUGGCUUUGAUGAGACCAGCGCGACUUUUUGAUGCCCAUGAACUGAAGCAUGCCAUUAAGGGAGCAGGGACCAACGAGAAAGUGCUGACUGAAAUUCUUGCCUCCAGAACAACUGCAGAGCUGCGGAAUGUAAAACAAGUUUAUCUGGAAGAAUAUGAAGCCAACUUAGAAGAUCAUAUCACAGGAGACACAACAGGUUACUAUCAGAGGAUGCUAGUAGUCCUUGUUCAGGCUAAUAGAGACCCUGAUGGAAGAAUUGAUGAGGGUCUGGUUGAGCAAGAUGCUCAGGUCUUAUUUAAGGCUGGAGAGCUGAAAUGGGGAACAGAUGAAGAAAAGUUCAUCACCAUCUUGGGAACUCGAAGUGUCUGUCACCUAAGGAAGGUGUUUGACAAAUACAUGACCAUCUCUGGCUUUCAAAUUGAAGAAACCAUUGACCGUGAAACCUCUGGGGAUCUGGAGAAGCUGCUUCUGGCAAUUGUGAAAUGUGUCCGAAGUGUACCUGCCUAUUUUGCUGAAUCUCUCUUUUAUGCCAUGAAGGGAGCUGGCACCGAUGAUGAUACUUUGAUCAGAAUCAUGGUUUCGAGGAGCGAAAUUGAUCUGCUGGACAUUAGACGUGAAUUCAGAAAGAAUUUUGCGAAAUCUUUGCAUCAUAUGAUUCAGAAAGAUACAUCUGGAGACUUCAGGAAAGCACUCUUGCUCCUCUGCGGUGGAGAUGAUGAGUAACACUGUCUGUGAUAUGAAGGAUUCAGUCCUGCUCCCACCUUGCAGCCCCUCAGUUAGCAUGUCUAGCUAUGUUUUGCAUGUUAGUGCUUUGUAGCAGCUUAGAGCCACACUAUCAUCCUAAUGGUUAAAAAGACCCAAUGAACAUCUUGUUAUUGAAGUUAUAUGCAGUCUUUCUUCUUACCGGCAUCCAAGUAGAAGUCUGUCUAUCCCAGCCCGCAGGAGUUUAUGAAGUGGCUGUUAUGAUUAUGCGAGUGUUCUCGUCUUCAUGGAAGAUAGAUUCUUGGCUUAAUGCACAAUUUUUUUAGAUGUUUUGCUGAAGCAGAGAAAAUCCACACAUUCCAAGAAGAAUUGAAAGAAAAUUUAGUCCUUAACCUUUUUUUAAACUUCAUUUAUGGUAACUCAUUUUAAUGGAAAUAUUAAGGUAGCUUUAAAGUUGUGAACUAAGGAAAAAUAUCUUUCAUGUAUAAUAAUAUAUAUUUGGUGCUAUUAGAAUGAAUCUGCUAAGCAACAAUGUGAGCUAUCAAUGGAAACAUAACAUACCAAUAAACUUCCCUCCCCAA